AUGUCUCUAUUGAACUCGUCGAGCGGGCUUUCGGUGGGCAGCUCGCCCGCUGCUGCUGCUGCUGCAGCGCCUGCUGCGGCUGCUGCUGCGGGGGCGCCCCCCGCCGGUGCCGCUGCGGCUCCCGCUGCCGCUCCCGCUGCAGCUGCUGCUGCUGCUCCCCCUGCAGCAGCAGCAGCAGCAGAAAGCAUCGUCCUGGGGGGCGGCUGCUUCUGGGGCCUGGAGAAGCUGUUUGUGGAGGAGUUCAAAGACAAGUUGGAAGCAACUUGUGUGGGGUACGCAGGUGGACAUACACCCCAGCCCACGUACGCGCAGGUCUGCAGCAGCAAAACUGGACACUUCGAAGCUCUCAAGAUUUCUUUUUUUCCGCAAAAGGUCCAUUUGCGGGAACUCCUCACUUUCUUCUGGACCAUCCACGACCCCACCACUCCCGACAGACAGGGGCCCGACGUGGGCCCCCAGUACCGCUCGGCUGUCUGCGUUUCAGACCCCACACAACUUCCUCUUGUUCUUCAAAUUAAAAACGAAAUGCAAAAAAAAUGGAAUUUCAAAAUCCAAACUGAAAUCAUUUCCGAUCCCAACAAAUGCCACUUCUGGCCAGCCGAAGACCACCACCAAAAGUACCUCUUCAAGAACCCUGGCGGCUACUGCUCCCACAGGAAGCACUUCUGA